CUUAACUUUAUAGAAUAAUGUUCAUUUUAUGUAACUUUCGAUUUUGGUGGGAAGCAGCUCGCACUGCGUACAAACGUAAAACCUCUUGUUGUUAAUUUGGUCUUUGAUAACGUGAGCGUCCUAAUCUCCGACGUAUGUCUGCUAGGUGACAAGCCAAACCAAUCAAAGUUUGAGUUGUCUGAAAUUAUAAUUCUAAUUGGUCGUUAGACCUGCCAAUAUUACUAAGAAAGGCGGGUUGUACUCCGCUAGACAAAAUACAGGGCAAAUAAACAGCUUGUUUUUCAGGCCAACUGCCGUCAUUUCCUUUAGUUGACUACUGAACUGCCUACUUGAAAAAGUGUCGAGGCAGCUGGCCACGUUUUUAAGAAGGAUAUGUUGCCAGUUUUCUAUCGUUGUUACGACUAAAGUGACAUUAAGAAGGGUGUAGUCAACUUUAUUAGACGCCAACGUCUAGAAAGCCGUCGUAAAAGAGAAGCCGAUUCUUCGGAGAAAAUGAGCGGCGCUUUCACCUUUGGGCAGCCCUCUUCGGGCUUUACUUUCGGAACGCAGAAAACCACAGCCUCGGCCCCGGCCCCGGCCCCUACCACCGGCUUUGGACUGACAACGUCCACUCCUGCAGCCACCGGAGGGGGCUUCACUUUCGGCUCAUCCAUCCAGACCCAGAGCACUACCAACCCCACCGGUGGUUUCAGCUUUGGCACCCCAGCAAAGUCCACAGCAGCCGGCGGGGGUUUCUCUUUUGGGGCACCCACCACAACCUUUGGAAUGAAUGCAGCUCCUCCAACCACAACAGCAGCUUCAGGGUUGACUUUGGGCUCCACGGCGACUCAAGCAGCAGGGUCGGGGUUCACUCUGGGUGGAGUUUUGUCUGCGCAGACCACCGCUAGUGCACCUGCAGGAGGGGGCUUCACCUUUGGAGCUGCAUCUCAGGCUCAAACCCAGCCUGUAGCAACAGCCGCACCAGCAGCCUCCACAGCACCAAGUGGCCUCUCAUUUGGAGGGUUCAGCUUCGGAGCUACCAAGGUCCAGGUGACAUCAGCGGCAGCCUCCACCACCACAACCAACACCAGCACCACAGGUGGAGGCUUCAGCUUCGGCACCAGUGCUCCCUCCAGCCUUGCCCAGCCAACCUCCACCGCUGCUGCUGCUGCUGCUGCCGCUGCCGCUGCCGCAACAGGACAGGGUGGAGGGUUUACCUUUGGGAUUAAACCGUCAUCAACCCCAGCUCCUCCUGCAUCCACCCAGGCCCCACCAUCUUUCGGGCCUUCUCUCUUCGCUCAGCCUGUCACAACAGCUGCUGCCACAGCUGCAGGUCCAGGCUUCGCUUUCAAUGCCAUUUCAGCUUCAGCAGCAAGCACAUCCACAGCAACAACCACGGCUACUGGUGGAGGUUUGACUUUUAUGAUCAAACCUCUGGUUCCAGCAACCACCACAUCUGCCCCCCCCUCUACCGCUACAGCUGCAGCCUCCACGACAGGUACUGUUACAGGCUUCUUGCUGGGAGCCAAAACUUCAUCGAUCACAAGCACCACGACAGCUGCUUCAGCCACAACCACUGCCAGCACCACCAGCACAGCUCCUCCAGUGAUGACCUAUGCCCAGCUAGAGGGGCUCAUUAACAAGUGGAGUCUUGAGCUGGAGGACCAGGAGAGACAUUUCUUACAGCAGGCAACUCAGGUGAAUGCCUGGGACCGCAUGCUGGUGGAGAACGGAGAGAAGAUCACAUCCCUCCACAAGGAGAUGGAGAAAGUGAAGCUGGAUCAGAGGAGGCUGAACCAGGAGCUGGAUUUCAUCCUGUCCCAACAGAAGGAGCUGGAAGAUUUGCUCUGCCCCCUCGAGGAGUCGGUAAAAGAGCAAAGUGGAACCAUCUACAUGCAGAACGCCGACGAGGAGCGUGAAAGAACAUACAAGCUCGCUGAGAACGUGGACGCACAGCUGAAGAGGAUGUCGCAGGACCUGAAGGAGAUCAUCGAGCACCUGAACACGUCCAGCGGCCCGGCUGACACCAGUGAUCCGCUGCAGCAGAUCUGUAAGAUCCUCAACGCCCACAUGGAUUCACUUCAGUGGAUCGAUCAGAACUCUGUUCUGCUGCAGAGAAAGGUCGAGGAAGUGUCCAAACUUUGCGACACCCAACGAAAGGAGCAGGAGAAAACCUUCCGGUUAACAUUCGACUGAUCUGCAGUAAAUACUUUUACUUGUGUGCUUACAUUUUUACUCUGUAAUCAGGGGUGUCAUCAGGGCUUUAGAUGGUGUAGAUCCAACCUUCAUUACUGUUAUUUUGAGUUUUCUUGGUUGCAUAAAGAUUGAUAUUUUCAGUGCAUUUGCCUUUAGAGUAGUGAAAAGGAUCCUCUCCUUCUAUGUCAAUUGUUAUGUUUGUUCUAAAAAGUCUGAUUAAAUAAACCUUUGGAAUGGAA